AGGCGGUGGUGCUGGUGAAUGACUCAGUGAUCUGGGGUAGGGAUAUAUAAACGACGGGUGUGUGGUCAUGAAGCCAGAGCGCCUCCUGCUGCCAAGAAGAUAAAAUAUAAACAAGAUGAUGAAGAAUUGCAUCAUCGUCGUGUGCCUGGCAGUUCUGGUCUCAGCUGCCGUUGCCUUGCCACCACCAGGAGUAGCAGGAGUGCCGUUCGCGUUCUCCAAGGACAUGAUCUCGGCGUUCAUCCCCACCGCUCAGGAGAUCGCCCAGCUGCAGGCUCUCUACACAACACCUGCCCCAGCAGCCCCAGCCCUGGGCCCAACCCCACCCCCAACUAUGCCUCCCGCAGUUGCUGCCUUGGUGGCCAAGUACAAAGCGGCUGCGGCUGCCUUCGCCCCUGUCCCAGCCCCAAUUUGAGGUUAUUUGAAGUUAUGGGAGGUCACCUGAUGUCAUCUAAGGUCAACUGAAGUCAUCUAUGAUCACCCUGAAUUAUCUGUGAGAUAUUCUUUGUCUCUUGGUUCAUAUGUUUUCUAUAAUUAUAAUGAUAUAGAAACUCUGUAUUUGUGGUAAAAUUUAACUUAUUUAUGUAUUUGUAGUGAUACAGAGACAGUUGUUCUCUGCAUGUGUAGUGAUUUGUCGAUAAAAAUUAAGGCUCGUUUAUAUUUUCUCAUUGGGUGUGAAGUAGCCUAGUCUGACUGUAAUGGAGGGACCAGAUUUAGCUUGUCAUUUAUUUGUUAUAGUUGUUGCCUGUUUAAUAAAAAUAACAAAACACACUAAGUUUUAUGUAUCUCAAAUAAAAGCAACAUAAAUACAAA